ACUUUUAAUAUUAGGUUUAUAUGAGUAAAACUACUCCUGAUAAAGAAGACAUUUUUGUAGCAACUGAUGAAUGGAAAGUAAUUCCAGAAGGCAUGCCUAUCCCUCCUGGUCUUCAUGUGAAAAUUGAUUUUCAGAAUCAUACUAAAAUGGCCAAAUUAUUAUCUAAAGAUGGAGUUAACAAAGACACAAUGUUGCAAACUCUUGAUGAAAAAUAUUUAGACAUAAAUAAUGGAAAUUUUAAAAAGGAUGAUGUUAUUGGUACUGAUACUGAAGAUAAUUUACCCAUAAAUAUAACACAAAUUGAUGAUGAUAGUGCUAAAGAUACUCAAAGAUUGCUAAACUCCUCCAUAUCCGAUCGCAAAUUUAGAAGUAUGGCCGAGUUGAAAGAUUUGUUUAAAAAAUUGAAUUUUCACGUGACGACGGACCUGGAUAAAAUAUCCGAGAUACUCAAAAAUUACGCCAACGUUUCCCGCCAAUUGAAUACCGGUGCCGCCAACCCGAGAGAGUAUACGAUUGAAAUGAUUAGAGAUCUCGACCCUUUGCUCGAUAAAUGGGAUAACGCUAUAUAUUUUGCCGAGGCGGGUGGUUUUGUGAUCAUCAACGAUAUCCUGAUCAGAUGUGCCAACGACACAGACUUUUCUAUGGCGGUGUAUAAAUUAACCGGAAGUGCUAUGCAAAAUAACCCCCAAGUUCAGAUUCAAGCUUAUAAGUCUAACCUCCUGCCCCGCUUAACUCAAGCCCUAAAUGAAUACAGUAUUUCUACGUCAGCGGCGGGAGCUACUCGUUCCGACGAGGAGAAGGAGUAUAGAUAUUACAAAUCCAUCAUAUUCGCCCUAUCCUCCCUUUUACGGGGCCUACCCGUAGCUCAAAAAUAUUUCGUGGAACCACCGCUAGACGGUUUUACAUUGUUGACAAAGUUCGUCGAACGCGGAUUAACGAACCAUAUCAACAAAAUGGACGAUAGUUUACUCAAUACCGACUCCUUGGAUCGCGGACUUAAAUUGGUCAUGAGAAUCUUAACUCUAGUCUCCGAUUUGAUAGUGGAACAGAGGAACUUUUGGUUAUAUCCCGAUGAUUCAGCUGAUCGAUACCGACAAAAUUCUGAUAUAUAUAAAAGUUUUGAUCUCAACCAAAUCCUGGAAACUCACGAUUGGUGCGAGCUCCAUCACGAUAUUAUCAAAGUGUUCGAUGAAUAUUCACUCAAAGGCAACCUUAGUUUUUACGGCCUAAAUAAUUUUCUCGAAAAAUAUCUUGAAUCCUUGACAAACCUAUUACCCAUAUGUUCUAACAAGUUGUACGGCAUCGUUCCCCACAUAAAAUCGCAGAUUAAUAGGAUCAAAAAAAUCAACGAAUCGGAGAUGGUUGAAAAUUUAGAAUUGCAAUUACAAAACAUCGUUUAUAAGCUCGGUAAAAUCAAUUCCGAAACUAAACAACCAUUACACGAGGAACAGGGGAAUAUUAUGAGAAACGAUAUAUUUUAAAGCAUUUUACUCACUUUUUUUUAAAUCGAUUUUUUUUAAAAGAUAUUAUUUUAGGACCCAGUAAUUAUUAUAUUAAUAAAUUCUAAUACCAUUUAUAAUAAUUUUUAGUUAUAAAUUAAAUAUUUGGGAAGGUUUAAAGGUUUUACCAACAUUUUAA